UGCAGGAGCUGAUCUCCCAGACCAUGGUGCACUGGGCACAGGAGUCGUUCAUCCAGAGCCCGGCGCUGGUGCGUGCCAUGUUCAGCCUGCUGCACCGGCAGUACGACGCGCUGGGCGAGCUGGGCCGGGCCCUGCCCAAGGCCUACGCCAUCAGUGCCACCUCUGUGCCCGACACCACGGCCCUGCUCGAGUGUCUGGGCCAGAUCCGCUCGCUGCUCAUCGUGCAGAUGGGCCCCGAGGAGGAGAACCUCAUGAUCCAGAGCAUCGGGAACAUCAUGAACAACAAGGUGUUCUACCAGCACCCCAACCUGAUGCGGGCGCUGGGCAUGCACGAGACCGUGAUGCAGGUGAUGGUCAGCGUGCUGGGCGGCGGCGAGUCCAAGGAGAUCCGCUUCCCCAAGAUGGUGACCAACUGCUGCCGCUUCCUCUGCUACUUCUGCCGCAUCAGCCGCCAGAACCAGCGCUCCAUGUUCGACCACCUGGGCUACCUGCUGGAGAACAGUGGCAUCGGCCUGGGCAUGCAGGGCUCCACCCCCCUGGACGUGGCGGCCGCCUCCGUCAUCGACAACAACGAGCUGGCGCUGGCCCUGAAGGAGCAGGACCUGGAGAAGGUGGUGACAUACCUGGCAAGCUGUGGGCUGCAGAGCUGCCCCAUGCUGCUGGCCAAGGGCUACCCCGACAUCGGCUGGAACCCCUGCGGGGGUGAGAAGUACCUGGACUUCCUGCGCUUCGCCGUCUUCGUCAACGGGGAGAGCGUGGAGGAGAACGCCAACGUGGUGGUGCGGCUGCUGAUCCGGCGGCCCGAGUGCUUUGGGCCGGCGCUGCGGGGCGAGGGGGGCUCGGGGCUGCUGGCCGCCAUCCAGGACGCCCUGAGCAUCGCCCAGGACCCCGCCCGGGACGGGCCCAGCGGCCGCAGGGAGAGGAGGCCGUUUGGGCCCGAGGAGCCCCCCGAGGAGAACCGGGUGCACCUGGGCCACGCCAUCAUGUCCUUCUACGCCGCCCUCAUCGACCUGCUGGGCCGCUGCGCCCCCGAGAUGCACCUGAUCCAGGCGGGGAAGGGAGAGGCCCUGCGGAUCCGGGCCAUCCUGCGCUCGCUCGUCCCGCUCGAGGACCUGGUGGGGAUCAUCAGCCUCCCCCUGCAGAUCCCGGCGCUGGGAAAAGAUGGGAACGUGGUGGAGCCCCGCAUGGCCGCCAGCUUCGUCCCCGAGCACAAGGCGCCCAUGGUGCUGUUCCUGGACCGCGUUUAUGGGGUGCAGAACCAGGAGUUCCUGCUCCACGUGCUGGAAGUGGGGUUCCUGCCCGACAUGCGCGCGGCCGCCUCGCUGGACACGGCGACGUUCAGCACGACGGAGAUGGCGCUGGCGCUGAACCGGUACCUGUGCCUGGCGGUGAUGCCACUCAUCACCAAGUGCGCGCCGCUCUUCGCGGGCACCGAGCACCGCGCCAUCAUGGUGGACUCCAUGCUGCACACCAUCUACCGCCUGUCGCGCGGCCGCGCCCUCACCAAGGCCCAGCGCGACGCCAUCGAGGAGUGCCUCAUGGCCCUCUGCAGGUACAUCCGCCCCUCGAUGCUGCAGCACCUCCUGCGCCGCCUCGUCUUCGACGUCCCCAUCCUCAACGAGUUCGCCAAGAUGCCCCUCAAGCUGCUGACCAACCACUACGAGCGCUGCUGGAGGUACUACUGCCUGCCCAGCGGGUGGCCCAACAUGGGCGUCAGCUCCGAGGAGGAGCUGCACCUCACCAGGAAGCUCUUCUGGGGCAUCUUCGACUCCCUGGCGCACAAGGGUCACCCAGUGCCCCCCAGGGUCACCCAGUGUCACCCAGUGCCCCCCAGGGUCACCCAGUGUCUCUUCUGGGGCAUCUUCGACUCCCUGGCGCACAAGUGUCACCCAGUGUCCCCCAGGGUCACCCAGUGUCUCUUCUGGGGCAUCUUCGACUCCCUGGCGCACAAG